AUGCAUAAGUGUGUCCUGAAGCCUCUGAAGCCUGUGCUGUCGUCCUGCCUGCACCAGUCUAUGGUCCGCAGCGGCGCAUGGUCCCAGCUCAAAGACAACAUGGCUGCUGCCAAAAACAGGCCCCCCGCGGAGAUGGGAGUCACAGACGCCCUGUCCCCGGACCCUCUGGCCAUCGACAAGAUCCGCCACAAGAUCCAGGCCAUGUGCAAACUCUACUCCCCCGAGAAGAAGGUCCACCGCCUGCUGCAAGUCUGCAAGCAAAUCUACACCAUCAUGGAGGACCACUCAGGUCGGUUGUUUGGGGCAGAUGACUUCCUCCCGAUGCUCACGUAUGUCUUGGCUCAGUGUGAGUUGCCGCAGAUGGAGGCUGAGGUCCUGUACAUGAUGGAGCUGCUGGAGCCCACUCUGCUCAACGGAGAAGGAGGAUACUACCUGACCAGUGCGUUCGGAGCCAUGUCUCUGAUAAAGAACCUGGAGGAGGAGCAGGCGGCGCGGGUGCUGAGCUCUCAGACCCGGGACACGCUGCACCAGUGGCACCGGCGCCGCACCAUGCAGCGGACAGCGCCCUCUAUAGACGACUUCCAGAACUUCCUGCGGGUGGCGCUGCAGGAGCAGGACAGCGGCUGCACGGCUAAGACCCUGCGUGUGCAUCCGCAGGCGACGGUGGAGGAGGUGUGCUCUCUGUGCGCGCUCAAGUUCUGCGUGAGGGAACCGGAACAGUACCGACUAUUCCUCACCACCGGGGGCAGCAGCCAGCAGCUCACCCCCGACUCCCACACGCAGAGGAUCAAGGCUGAGCUGCACACCCGCGACGCACCGGACACUUUCCACUUUGUCUACCGCCGGGUGGACUUCCAGGACACCAGCAGCCAAGCUAACGAGGCUAACGAUGCUAACAAUGCUAAUGCUAACACGACAACAGCGCGACCAGAAACACAGAGUGAUCUCAGUCCGAAGUUGAGCCUGAGUUUACCUCAAAGCAACAUCCACUCCGUGUCAAUUUGA